AUGUGUCAGUCCCUCACUCAGCUCGACACGGCAAGAGAACACAACUUUGCAACACAUGAGCGAGAGUCCAGUGGGAGACAGUGGGAGUCGUUGGGAGCCAGAGGGAGCCAGUGGGAGCUAGAGGGAGCCAGUGGGAGCCAGUGGGAGCCAGAGGGAGUCAGUAGAACCCAGUGGGAGCCAGUAGGAGCCAGAGGGAGCCAGUGGGAGCCAGAGGGACCCACUGGGAGGCGUUGGGAGCAAGAGGAAGCCAGACGAAGCCAGUGGGUGCCAGAGGGAGCCAGUGGAAACCAGUGGGAGCUAGUAGGAGCCAGAGGGAGACAGAGGGAGACAGAAGGAGUCAGUAGGAGUCAGUGGGAACCAGAGGGAGGCAGUAGAAGCCAGUGGGAAGCAGAAGGAGCCAGAGGGAGCCAGUGGAAGCCAGUGAAAGCCAGUAGGAGCCAGUGGGAGACAGUGGGAGCCAGAGGGAGACAGUGGGAGCCAGUAGGAGCCAGUGAGAGCCAGUGGGAGCCAGAGGGAGCCAAGGGAGCCAGUGGGAACGAGUGGGAGCCAGAGGGAGCUAGUGGGAACCAGUGGGAGCCAGAGGGAGCCAGUGGGAGCCAGAGGGAGGCAGUGGGAGCCAGUAGGAGCCAGAGGGAGCCAGUGGGAGCCAGAGGGAGCCAGUGGGAGCCAGAGGGACCCCGAGGAAACAAGUGGGAGCCAGAGGGAGUCAGUGAGAGCCAGAGAGAGAGCCAGCGGGAGCCAAAGGGAGCCAGAGGGAGCCAGUGGGAUCCAGAGAGAGCAAGUGGGAGCCAGUGGGAGCCAGAGAGAGCCAGAGGGAACCAGAGGGAGCCAAAGGGAACCAAAGGGAACCAGAGGAAGCCAGUGGGAGCCAGUAGGAGCCAAUGGGAGCCAGUGGGAGCCAGAGAGAGCCAGAGGGAACCAGAGGGAGCCAAAGGGAACCAAAGGGAACCAGAGGAAGCCAGUGGGAGCCAUGGGAGCCAGAGGGAGCCAGAGAGAGCCAGAGGGAACCAGAGGGAGCCAAAGGGAACCAAAGGGAACCAGAGGAAGCCAGUGGGAGCCAGUAGGAGCCAGUGGGAGCCCAGUAGGAGCCAGAGGGAACCAGUGGAAGCCAGUGGGAGCCAGAGGGAGCCAGUGGGAGCCAGUGGGAGCCAGAAGGAGCCAGUGAGAACCAGUGGGAGCCAGAGGGAGACAGAGGGAGCCAGUGGAAGCCAGUGGGAGCCAGAGGGAGCCAGUGUAAGCCAGUGGGAGCCAGGAGCAGGGAACACAAGUCAACAGUGGAGGGAUUUAGAGCUGCUGGAAAUCAAGCACGAGACAUGA